AUGGCUCAAGAUAGGAAAUUAACAACCGGUGAAUUGGUGUCACCAAUGGACCACAGUGUUGAAUAUUAUGUUGAUAAAGGAAUCUCGGUGAUUGAGCCAAAACUUGUCGAAGAGCUGACAACCAAUACGACACAUGAAGAAAAAAAAAAUUUUGUCAAAGGUAUUCUUGCCGCCAUCAAACCCGUCAAUAAGGUACUAUAUAUUACGUUCCCAAUCCGACGCGACAAUGGAGAAUAUGAAAUGAUAGAAGCAUGGAGAGCUCAGCACAGCGAACACAGGACACCAACUAAGGGUGGAAUCCGUUUCGCUGAAUCUGUCUGUGAAGACGAGGUUAAAGCUUUGGCUGCAUUAAUGACUUACAAAUGCGCAGCUGUUGACGUUCCGUUCGGUGGCGCAAAGGGUGGUGUAAAAAUUGACCCCCGUAAAUACAGUGCGUAUGAAAUUGAGAAAAUUACACGCCGUUUAGCUCUCGAAAUGGGUAAAAAAGGAUUCUUGGGUCCCGGUGUCGAUGUUCCAGCACCUGACAUGGGUACUGGCGAACGAGAAAUGGGUUGGUUUGCCGACACUUACGGCCAAACUAUUGGACACUUAGACAAGGAAGCCUACGCUUGUGUUACCGGCAAACCCAUUGUAUCUGGCGGUAUUCAUGGCAGGACCGCUGCAACAGGACGUGGGGUUUGGAAGGGACUGGAAACUUUCAUGAACGAUGAAGAAUACAUGAAGAAAGUUGGUCUUACAACCGGACUAAAAGGAAAAACUUUCAUCAUCCAGGGUUUCGGUAACGUUGGCCUACAUACAACACAUUUCUUGGUCAAGGCAGGUGCAAUUUGUAUUGGUGUUCAAGAGUGGGAUUGCUCUGUGCGGAACCCCAAAGGUAUCGACCCCAAAGCACUUGAAGAAUGGAAAAACAAACAUGGAACUCUCAAGGGCUUCCCUGGCGGCGAAAUGUUCGAACCAUUCAAAGAACUGAUGUACGAGAAAUGUGACAUUUUUAUUCCGGCUGCCUGUGAGAAGGUUAUUCAUAAAGGAAAUGCGGAUCGCAUCCAAGCCAAUGUAAUCGCUGAAGCAGCAAACGGCCCAACCACGCCAGCAGCUGACAAAAUACUGCUCAACAAAGGCAACAAGUUGAUCAUUCCCGACAUGUUUGUGAACAGUGGUGGUGUCACCGUCUCUUUCUUCGAAUGGUUGAAAAACCUGAAUCAUGUCAGCUUCGGCCGCAUGACUUUCAAACACGAAGUCGACUCCACAUACGAUGUUCUCAGAAGCGUCCAGGAAUCAUUACAAACACAAGCUAAUCUUAAAGUUGACAUCCAACCCAACAAAGAGCUGAAGGAACGUAUUGGCGGACCCACAGAAGAAGAAAUUGUUAAUUCUGGAUUGGAAUACACGAUGUCCAGAUCAGCAAAAGCGAUCAUUGCAACCGCCCACAAAUACAACCUUGGGUUGGAUAUACGCACAGCCGCAUAUGCAAAUUCGAUUGAGAAAAUCUACAACACAUACAAGACCAUGGGCUUCACAUUUUCAUAA